AUGACAGAUUACAGGCGGAAACAGUACAUCAAAACCAAGAGCCUCAGAAGGUCAAAUAGGCUACGAGGUGUAGAGGAGGAUGAUGCAAAUGGACUCAGAAUGAGCAAAAAGAAAAUCAUAGCUGAGAUGACAAGUUAUAGAUCGGCGCUUGUGAAUUGGUUGAAAAAGGAUGCUGGAUUUGUUGAGGAAAGCAUUGAAGAUUUGCUUGACAGGUCAUUGAAACAUGACCUGAACCUUUCAUGUAAAAAUCUUUCACCUCAGCUUGAAGAUGAAGUCAGAGAGAGACGGGGAUUUGAUGUGCCAGAGUUCAUGCGACUGCUACAAGAGUUCAUGGAAAGCCAAAUGCUGAGCCGAGUGGAUGCCGAAAAUCAAAGAAAAGUGGAGGUGGAGAGAUUGACAACACAAUUUAACAACGACAUGUUGGAGAUGCACCGAAGGCACUCCUCACAAAGAGUGUUUGAGGAGGAAGCUCGUGCGCAAGCAGUUCAACGUUUCAUCAAGGGCUACAAAACAAACAAAAAUGCUUUUGCUGCACAUGCCCGAAACUUUGAGUCGGGCAAAGAGGUAGGUCCAGGUGGUGGUCCUUCACUCACAAAAGCUUCAGACCUAUCCCCUUCUUUAGAAACUACAAAAUACGAGGAACGUAACUCAAAAAAAGACAUAGUUGCUGCUUCUGAGUCAUCUAGCGAAGAAAAUACGCACUCUUUUCACGCCCCAGCAUUUGAGGCUAGUCUCUUUGACGCUGUUUUUGAGAAAAAGGAGGUAAGUCCUGCUGCUUAUUCUUUGCUCGAAGAUAGGACAGACACACGCACUUCCUCAAGCUCCACAAGCCAAGAGGUUAUUGUAACAUCAACGAACUAUGUGAAAGCCGUCCCCGAGGUCAGUGAAGCAAGUCUUGAUUUAGUGGACUUAUUAAGGCUUUCAAAUCACGCCGAUGCCAAUUUUGAAAGGGCGCCAACAUCAACAUCAAUGUCAAUCGAAGAUUCCCAUGAAACCGAAGACGUAACUGACCACAGAAGUUUACCUAGUGGAGAAGAUGUACAAGUCAAGAACACCGAAAUUGUGGCCGAGAAUGUAAACAAUAUCUCACCUGUUCAAGUACACUCAGUGCGUGGUAAAGCGAAUGAUGGGAAUGGUAAUUUUUUAUCAUCAUCUGGGUGGACAUCCUUAUUUGUGGCUCUGAAACAAUCAAAGGAGAACGAAAAUGGAUGUACUCCGGUUUUUAAUCAACGUUCGGAUGCCCAACAUGAUCCCGAUCAAUUUUGUGGCUCUAUGUUGAAUCCAAUAAAUGAACCUAUUGACGUACCGGCAGUUGCUAACAAAACCGUGCAUCAGUUUCACCAACCCACUACUACCUCCACGUUCUCAAAAUACGCUACUAACAGAAAGCAACAAAAUGCGUUGCAAUCUUUAGCUGAUCUAUUUAAGUCUAAGGACACUACCUUUGACGAGUGGAAUACAAAUUUGCAGACAAGAAGUGGCUCGGAUGUACCACACAAAGACAUUGCAAAAUUGAAGAAUCGAAGAGGUCUAAGAAAGCUUUUUUCGUAUGAUUGUGAAAUGUCAAGCAGUAGUAGUGAAAGUGAUGACGCGAGUGACAAUGAUAAUAACAGUGAUCUUGAUGAUGUGAGCGAUGAGCUGGUGAGUAGCGGUAGCGACGAUGACGAGGGAGUUGUUGGUGAUGGUAGUGAUGAUAAUGAAUCAGUUGCUAGUAAUAGUGAGCCGGAACACUCCAUAUAG